UCCCCCUCCUUGUCACAUCCCACUAACCCCCCUCUGCCCUGACCCACAGCUGGGGACCACAUCCCACCUUCCACCAUGGAGCUGAACCAGACCUCCCCACCUCCCUCAUCUCCUGUGAUGGACACCGAAGGAGAUGAUUUCUGUGAGAUCGAUGUCACCGAUGUGGCCAUAGGUGGUGUCACACUGCUCAUCUGCCUCUGUGGGCUGGCCGGGAAUGGGGCUGUGCUCUGGCUCCUCGGAUUCCACAUCCGCAGGAACCCCAUCACUGUCUACAUCCUCAACCUGGCCGUCGCUGACUUCACCUUCCUGCUCUUCAUGGUCCCCUCCUCCCUGCUCUACCUGCUGGAGGAUGUGUCCUGCUCCACUGUCGUGUCCCUGAAGUACCUGAGGUCCCUUCUCCUGCUGUCGCUGCUCUCCUACAACAUGGGGCUGUACCUGCUGACAGCCAUCAGCAUCGAGAGGUGUGGUUCAAUCCUCUUCCCCCUCUGGUACCGCUGCCGCCGUCCCCAGCGCCUGUCAUGGGUGGUGUGUGCCGUGCUCUGGGGCCUCUCCAUCGCUGUCGUGGUCGUGGUGACCUCCCUGUGCCUGUCGCAGGAGCAUGAGCACUGCCGGGUGGCUCUCAUCUCCAUGUAUGCCCUCAGCUUCCUCAUUUUUGCCCCACCCAUGGUCAUCUCUAAUGUGAUCCUCUUCAUCAAGGUCCAGUGUGGCUCCAAGAGACGUCAGCCUAAGAGACUCUACAUUGUUAUCUUCCUCACGGUGCUCUUCUUCCUCAUCUUUGGAGUGCCCCUCAGCCUCUGGAAUUUCCUGCAGCAGCUCAGCUACACCAUUGUGUCCUCCCAGGUGGUUUUCCUUCUUGCCUGCAUCAACAGCAGCAUCAACCCCUUCAUCUACUUCUUGGUGGGGAGCUGCUGGAGGCACUGCUCCAUCGUGUCCCUCCAGGUCGCCUUCCAGAGGGUCUUUGAGGAGACAGGGAUCACCACAAUGUCCAGAUGA